AUGGAGCCGUUUCCGAAGCUGCAAGAUGGCAUCUCCAUCUCCGACAGUGGCCAGAUGGUGCCCUUCCGCUCAGUGUACAAGCAUCUGCACCACACAUGGGCGCGCACAUUCUCGUGCGUGGCCGACGUCUACGUUCAGCCUGAAUCCCUGGCCGAGAUCGAAAAAAUCGCCCUUCUCGCGCACAAAUGUCGCAAGCGCGUGGUGACGGUUGGCUGUGGGCACUCGCCCUCCAACAUCACCUGCACCUCCAACUGGCUGGUCAACCUGGACAAGUACAGCAGAAUCCUCUCUGUCGACGACCAGAGCGGCGUCGUGGUCAUGCAGAGCGGCAUCCGCUUAUACGCCCUGUGCGAGGAGCUCGAGCGGCGUGGCCUGGCUAUGCCAAACCUGGGCAGCAUCAACCAGCAGUCAAUUGCCGGCGCCAUCUCGACGGGGACGCACGGCAGCAGCGUUCGCCACGGCCUCAUGUCCGAAGACGUCCUCGCCCUCAAAAUCACGCUUGCCAGCGGAACUACUGAGCACUGCUCCCGGGACGAGAACCCCGAUCUGUUUCGAGCCGCACUGCUGUCUCUCGGCUCACUUGGCAUCAUCUCGGAAGUCACUUUUCGUGCCGUCCCAGCCUUUACCCUGCGGUGGAAACAGACCAUUGAUGCAGAUGUAAAAAUGUUCAACUCGUGGCCAAACGAAUUGUGGACUCAGAGCGAGUUUGUCCGAGUCUGGUGGUUUCCCUACACUCGCCGGGCGGUAGUCUGGCAGGCCGAGAAGACCGACGAGGGUCUCCGUGAUCCUCCAGUGAGCUAUUAUGAUGGGUCCCUGGGCUACUACAUCUAUCACAAUCUGCUUUACGUCGCCCAGUUUGUGCCUCGCAUCCUGCCCUGGGUUGAAUGGUUCGUAUUUGGCAUGCAAUACGGUUUUGCAAACGGAUCCACAACGUCAGCCGUCCAACCAAGCCGCAAGGCCUUGUUGAUGAACUGUUUAUACUCUCAGUUUGUCAACGAGUGGGCUAUUCCCCUCCACAAGGGCCCGGAAGCACUCCGAAGGCUUAGCUCAUGGCUUAACCAACUCACUCCCAGUGACCCAGACUAUGUGCCGCAUAACAUCCCCUUCUCAGCCAAGGGCCUUUAUGUUCAUGCGCCAGUGGAGGUUCGGGUCAGCGAUACGACGCUCACUACAAACUCCCGGCCGUUCCUUGACCCAACUGUCAAGGAUGGACCAACGUUGUACCUCAACGCUACUCUAUACCGUCCUUACUUGCGUGACCCCCCUUGCCGCGAACGUUACUACCAAGCCUUUGAGUGGCUAAUGAAGGACAUGGGCGGCAAGCCGCACUGGGCCAAAAACUUUGAAACCUAUCGCCCCGAAAUCGAACUCAUGUAUGGCGAAGACCUUGACAAGUUCAGGAAUAUCCGAGAUGCCGUCGACCCACGAGGAAUGUUUCUUGGGCCCUGGCAUAGAGACCGUAUCCUCGCGGAGAAUGCUCAGUAUGAUCUCGAAGAAGUUGAAGUCCGGAGGACAAAAUCCGUUAAGAGCGGAAUUACAAUUUUUGGCCAAGUUUAG